AUGAGAGUUUUGGUGUGGAAUUGUAAAGGUUUGGGGGGACCCUCUACAAUUUCUCAGUUGAAGGACAAUGUCAGAGCCUACCUCCCUGAUUUCAUUUUCCUUUCUGAAACCAAAAAGAAGAAGUCUUUUGUUACUACUGUUUGUAAAAACUUGCUUGUAGGUGAUAGAUGGAAGUGUGUUGACCCUAUUGGUAGUAAAGGGGGUCUUCUUUUGUGUUGGUCUUCCAAAAUUCAGGUUCUAGAAGUUGUUGAUAAUAACUUCUGUUUUGAAGUCAAAUUUUUGCUAAAUGGUUUUGCUGAUCCUAUGUGGGGAGUGUUCAUUUAUGCCAGUGUUGAUCCUUAUUUUAGACAGAAGCAGUGGGAGCUGCUCAUUAGGCAUCACCUUACCUGGGGUAAUCUUUGGUUCAUUGGGGGGGAUUUCAAUGACAUUCUUAGUAAUGAUGAGAAGAAUGGGGGUUUGGUGAGAGGGGAAGCUUCUUUUCAAUCCUUUAGACAUUUUACCCAGCUCCUCAAUUCAGUAGCCUGUCCUAGUGUGGGUCACCCCUUCACCUGGUCAAAUAACAGAAAGGGUAAGGAUUUUGUUGAGGUCCAGCUUGAUAGGUUUCUUCUUUCUCCUGAUUGGCUCCUCAAAUUCCCUAAGGUCUCUGUCCUGCACAUUCCACUUGUUUCUUCUGAUCACAGUCUAUUGCUUAUGGACAUUGUGGGAACAGAACAGAAAAGGAAGCAUAGGUUCUAUUUUGAUAGAAGAUGGGCAAAGGAGGAGGGGUUUGAUGAAUGUGUCAAAAAGGCAUGGAAGAUGCAAGUCACUGGUGCAGGCCUGUAUAGCUUUCAAAAACGGUUGAGAAAUGUGAAAUUUGGCUUAUUGGGAUGGCUGACCUCAACUGCUACAAAUUCAUCAAAGAUUAUAAAGGAGUGCAAUGCCAAACUGGAACUGCUCAGUAGUCAAGGUGGCGCUAGAGAAUGGACGGAAUGGUAUAGCUGCAAGGAAAAAAUCCACAAAGCCUACAAGGAUGAAGAGCUUUACUGGAAACAAAAGGCCCGGGUUAGAUGGUUAAAGGAAGGGGAUAACAACACUAGAUUUUUUCAAGCCUGUGUCAAUCAGAGAAGGAGUAUGAACAGCUUAGAAAAUCUUCUCAAAAGAACUGCUGGCAGAUGUACCAAUCAAGCUGAGGUUGUGGAAGAAGUGUCCAAUUUCUUUGAACAGCUUUUCAGUUAUGAGUAUGUUGAUGGUGAUUCAGAGAUUCUACAGGGCCUUCCUUGUGUCAUUACAGCUGGAAUGAAUCAAGACUUAACUAAGGCUGUGGAUGAAAUGGAGAUCAAGAAUGCACUGUGGGCCAUGGACCCAGGUAAAGCCCCUGGUAUUGAUGGGUUCUCCCCCUCCUUUUUUCAAUCAUGUUGGCAUAUUAUUAAGACUGAUUUAUGCUUGGCUGUCCAAAAUUCUUUUGUCACUGGUUGUAUUCCAAAGGCCACCAACCACACUGUUAUUACUCUAAUCCCAAAAACCAAAUAUCCAAAAUUGGUUACUGAUUACAGACCUAUUAGCCUCUGUACCAUUACCUACAGACUUAUUGCUAAAAUUCUUGCACUCAGAAUUAAAUCUGUUAUCAAAUUUUGUAUCUCCCAAUCUCAGACAGCUUUUGUGCCUGAUAGACAAAUUCUUGAUAAUGUUAUUAUAGCUAAUGAAUGCCUUCAUUUUCUUAAGGGAAAAAAAAGAGGGAAAAAAAGAUAUAUGGCCCUUAAACUAGAUAUGGCCAAAGCUUUUGAUAGAGUUGAAUGGCCUUUGUUAUUAAAAUCUGCAAGCACUUGGGUUUUUGCAAUAAAUUCCUGA